GCCUAUUAUAAGAAUUGCGCCCAGCUGUACAACUGCGGCCAAACGAUCAGCGGUGUUUACACAAUCGACCCUGAUGGUGAAGGUGCCUUCAAUGUGUAUUGUGACCAAACCACAGACGGAGGAGGGUGGACAGUGUUUCAGAGGAGACUGGAUGGUUGCAUGGAUUUUAACCUGGGUUGGGCAGACUACAAAAAAGGCUUCGGUGAUUUCCUUAAUGGAGAGUUUUGGCUCGGACUAGAGAAGAUCCAUCGCCUGACGCAAAACGAGACAGAAAACAGGCUUCGAGUAGAUAUGGGAGUAACUAAACGCCAAACUGUCUACGCUGAAUAUUUGUGGUUUGGGAUCGGAGACAAGAAAGACAAGUAUCGGCUGAAACUCGGAAAAAAAUCAAGUGAGUAAAUCUGCUUUCUCUAGGUAAUCAUUAUCUAGAGCAGCAGGAAGGCGAAGAUGAGAAAAGCAUCAAAUGUGUAAUGUAGGUGACGAUUGUAUUAAAAUUAAUAUUUACAGUAGUGUGUGCGCGCCUCUCCGAAGAGCUGAUUUCUAUCACGCUUGCAAUUUGUAUCAGGGUAAACCUUAUCUAUAUCGAAACUGAGGGCUGAGGGAAACUUCACAGACUCCUGUGUGUUUUGACAAUUCAUGAUAUGAUGCGAGAACAGAGUUCAGUAAUUGUUUUAUUACUGACUAUUUUUUACAACAAUCUACAAAAUAGUGUAAAAAAUUCUUUUACGAAAAAGAGGCUGGACAUCCAAACUCGAAAAUACUGCCCGAGGCCGUAGGUAUGGGCGGCCGUCACCACCAAAAAUACAAGGAUGUCAAAUAGAUCAGCAAAUACAAAGAUGGUGUAAGGAUCAGCUGCAGGAUAGCAUAGCUAAUAAAGGAAUGGCAUGGCCAAAUUAUAGACAGUCUAGUUUUCCGUCGUGAAACAGAACACCCUAAACAUGAAUAGUUUAGCCAAAUGAGAAACGGUCUAGUAGCUCAUGUUGAGUUGGAACAUGAGAUUGUGAAAUGAACUAGCUCAAUUACGAAUAGCUUAGCACUCAUUUGCAAUACAGUACUCAGACGGUGUAGCGUUGAGUUAAACGGCUCAGGGUAACGUCGAGUAGCACAGCGUACGCACAAACGGUGUAGCGUUGCGUCAAAUGGCUCAGCUUAAUGUAGAAUAGUACAGCGUACACACAUAUGGUGUAGCGCUGCGGGAAAUGGCUCAGCGUAAUGUCGAAUGGUACAGCGUACAUAAAAACAGUGUAGCGUUGUGUGAAAUGGCUCAGCGUAAUGUCGAAUGGUACAGCGUACAUGCAAACAGUGUAGCGUUGCGUGAAAUGGUUUAGCGUAAUGUCGAAUGGUACAGCGUACAUACAAACAGAGUAGCGUUGCGUGAAGUGGCUUAGCAUAAUGUCGAAUGGCACAGCGUACACACAAAUGGUGUAGCGUUGCGUGAAAUAGCUCAGCGUAAUGUAGAAUGGUACAGCGUAGACACAAAUAGUGUAGCGUUCGGUCGAAUAGCUUUGCAAAACAUCAGACGCUCUAUCUGAACAUUAAAUUGCUUAGUAUUACUUGAAAUAUUUCGAUGUUGUGGCGAAUCGUCGUGGCGUGACGUGAAGGCUAUUCCAUUACUUUAUUUGCUAUGCUAUCCUGCAGCCGAUCCUUAAGCCAUCUUUGUAUUUGCUGAUCUAUACGACAUUCUUGUAUUUUUGGUGGUGACGGCCGCCAAGGCAUCUCGCCGAAACCACCAAAAAUACAAACCGCAAAUGGAACAGCGAUUUGCUGGGGGUAUGACGUCAUCGAAUGUGAAGACUGACACGAAAUCAUUACAUGGCGUAGUAUAGUCUUCACUUCGCUUUGCCGUAAAGCAGAGCCAAUUUGGUAAGUUUCUCCUCUUUUUUCACUGCUGAUAUUGCACUUAUUCGUUGUCGUUCAUGAAAGCGUCAAUUAAAAUAGCAACGAGACUUAAUUCUACCACGAUUUGUCGGCCUCCCGGUUUACCACAGUUUGCACGCGUUGGUGGGCCUGAACAUGUUUAUAGUAUUAAGUAGUGUUAUGACGUGCAUUAAAUGUCAAUUGUCGAGCUCUCUUUUCUUUCUCCGACUCACGCUUACUUUUCAAUGAGAGUCCAACUUCAACGGCUCUUUGAACAUUGGAGGAGUACGUGAGAAGUUAAAUAUUGUGUGUGCCCUGGACGCCAUGGUAAGAAAACUGCUAUCCUUGAUCUGUUUUGACAUUUUUCGAUCAAAGUGAUAUCGGAAUGCUUUAAUUGGUGUGCCGGACGAUAAGAGUAAGCUAAGAGAAGACAUAUUUAUUAUUUUAAAAAGGUGUACAUUAUAUUGCUUUGUUUAUUAGUUUUUUCCUGGGUGCAGUGAUAGUAAAAGUAAUUCACCCUAAUGCACGUAGUUGUACGUAAUUGUCCAACUUUAGAUCGAGUUUUACCGUUCGAUCUGUUACAGUCGCAACUUGCUGAAUAAAAACUAUUGCAUAAUUCAGACAAUUGACAGGACAUCUUGCUGUUUCGUCGUUUGUUUCGGUAAUUUAACUAUUAAACUCAACUAUUAUUAAAAUGUGCAUUAAAUGUCUAUUGCCGAGCUCUCAUUUCUUUUCUUUUCUGACUUGCGCUUACUUUUCAAAGGGAGUUUAACUUCAACGGUUCUUUGAACAUUGCAGGAGUACGUGAGAAGUUGGAUUUUGUGUGUGCCCUGGACGCCAUGGUCACGCAACUCUAGUCAAUAUAUCUGGUGUGUACUGAACUCAGUCUGUAGCAAUAAUAAUAAUAAAAAUAAUAAUAAUAAUAAUAAUAAUAAUAAUAAUCACAAAAAUUAAUAGUUAAGGUACAGAAAUGUAAAAAUAAAUAAAAAUGUAAAUAAAUACGUCUACCGAAACAAACGACGAAACAGCAAGAUGUCCUGUCAAUUGUCUGAAUUAUGCAAUAGUUUUUAUUCAGCAAGUUGCGACUGUAACAGAGCGAACGGUAAAACUCGACCUAGAGUUGGACAAUUACGUACAACUACGUGCAUUACGGUGUCCGCACUAGCCUUCCUUAAUACGUGAUGACUACGGAAUGGGAAAGAGCACAGGGAAGAUAAGUAUGUAUGCGCGCAAAACCAACUCAGAAAAAAUAUUACUCUGGCAAAAACUAUUUUGGAACGCGAAAAAACCCUUUAACUGUUUCCGGUCCAGACAUGUAAUCUACGUUUGAUCGCCAAAGUAAAAAUGGAACUUACUUUUACUAUCACUGCACCCAGGAAAAAAUUAAUAAACAAAGCAAUAUAAUGUACACCUCUUUAAAAUAAUAAAUAUGUCUUCUCUUAGCUUACUCUCAUCGUCCGGCACACCAAUUAAAGCAUUCCGAUGUCACUUUGAUCGAAAAAUGUCAAAACAGAUCAAGGAUAGCAGUUUUCUUACCAUGGCGUCCAGGGCACACACAAUAUUUAACUUCUCACGUACUCCUCCAAUGUUCAAAGAGCCGUUGAAGUUGGACUCUCAUUGAAAAGUAAGCGUGAGUCGGAGAAAGAAAAGAGAGCUCGACAAUUGACAUUUAAUGCACGUCAUAACACUACUUAAUACUAUAAACAUGUUCAGGCCCAUCAACGCGGCAAAGCGAAGUGAAGACUAUACUACGCCAUGUAAUGAUUUCGUGUCAGUCUUCACAUUCGAUGACGUCAUACCCCCAGCAGAUCGCUGUUCCAUUUGCGGUUUGAAUUUUGGUGGUUUCGGCGAGAUGCCUGGGCGGCCGUCACCACCAAAAUACAAGGAUGUCGUAUAGAUCAGCAAAUACAAAGAUGGCUUAAGGAUCAGCUGCAGGAUAGCAUAGCUAAUAAAGGAAUGGCAUAGCCUUCACAUCACGCCACGACGAUUCGCCACAACAUCGAAAUAUUUCAAGUAAUACUAAGUAAUUUAAUGUUCAGAUAGAGCGUCUGAUGUUUUGCAAAGCUAUUCGACCUAACGCUGCACUAUUUGUGUCUACGCUGUACCAUUCUACAUUACGCUGAGCUAUUUCACGCAACGCUACACCAUUUGUGUGUACGCUGUGCCAUUCGACAUUAUGCUAAGCCACUUCACGCAACGCUACACUGUUUGUAUGUACGCUGUACCAUUCGACAUUACUCUAAGCCAUUUCACGCAACGCUACACUGUUUGUAUGUACGCUGUACCAUUCGACAUUACGCUGAGCCAUUUCACACAACGCUACACUGUUUUUAUGUACGCUGUACCAUUCGACAUUACGCUGAGCCAUUUCCCGCAGCGCUACACCAUAUGUGUGUACGCUGUACCAUUCUAAAUUACGCUGAGCCAUUUGACGCAACGCUACACCGUUUGUGCGUACGCUGUGCUACUCGACGUUACCCUGAGCCGUUUAACUCAACGCUACACCGUUUGAGUACUGUAUUGCAAAUGAGUGCUAAGCUAUUCGUAAUUAAGCUAGUCCAUUUCACAAUCUCAUGAUCCAACUCAACAUGGGCUACUUGACCGUUUCUCAUUUGGCUAAACUAUUCAUGUUUAGGGUGUUCUGUUUCACGACGGAAAACUAGACUGUCUAUAAUUUGGCCAUGCCAUUCCUUUAUUAGCUAUGCUAUCCUGCAGCUGAUCCUUACACCAUCUUUGUAUUUGCUGAUCUAUUCGACAUCCUUGUAUUUUUGGUGGUGACGGCCGCCCAUACGUAGGCCGUAGGGCAGCAUUUUCAAGACCGAGAUCACAGUUUUUCAACAUACGGACCGACCCUUAGCCGGUAAAUAACAUAUUUAUUGUUUUGAAACUUGAAGAAAUUCUUUCCGAAAGAACCCGAAUGAUUUAGGGCUGUAAAUACGGCAAUAUCUUCCAUAAACUGAACGGUUUUUGAGCGAGUAAAUGGUAGUUAAAAUAGAGGUGACGCAAAUUCAAGAGAGAUGCCUUAGUGAAACAUUUUCAUAUCCGUAACGAUAAUUUAAAAGGCUUCCAAACAAACUUUGAAACAUUAUUUUUACAAGUAUCUGUCACAAUCUGACACCUGUCAAUUAGAGAGUGCGUAAGUAAAACAAGCGUAAGAGCAUUUGAAAAACAACGGAACUAGUUUGGCAAGGACUGUCACGACAAUGUUUUCUUCUCCUAAAGAGUCAAUGAUCUAACGGAAAGUAUAAUUCACUCUCAUCGACGACUCAUUUAUGUACGAAGAUUUACCUCUGUUCAAUAAGUAAACGGCGAGGAAAGUGAUUGUGAGUAAAUUCAAAUUUAUUAUUUUGAAGUUGUGAGAGUUUGCUCGUUUGUUUGCUGCAAUGGCGUGUGUAAAUCUGGUCUUUCCUUCACAAAAACUAAAUUCGAAUGGCACACUCCAACGAGACACAAGGGGAUUUAAUACGGCCUUUUCUAAAAAAAAUUCCUGCAGUUUCUGUUGUGCAAUUUACGGUACAAAUGUUCAAAUUGAACGGACUUGGAAAGACUCACCGAGAGCGUAUAUUUGUUGUAGAACUUAAAUUAAAACUUCGCUCGCUCUUUCACUGCGAACAAAUUGCUAGAGAAAAUUCAGGUAUUAAAUGAAUGAAAGUUCCAUCGUUCAGUUUAACUGUAACCAAAUACCUGACGCUUUAACUUUCUAGGUACUUUUUGUGAACGAUAAAAAUUAAUUGCAGACGGGUUUUAGGCCGCUUGUCAACCAACGUAAUGUCACUAUUGUUUUUACAAAUUCAUUCUGAAACCAAUAUUUUCUGUCAACCAAAGUGAUUUGAGUGAGAGAAAAGAGAGGAUUCAUAAGUUAUUCAUCGGCUUGAGGUAGUGACCGACGUGUUUGCUUAAAAAUACUGCUCAGCCGGAAAAACGAGAUAUGUUUAUGAAAAAUGGCAACGAAAGUUGGGAUGUACUUGGCGACUCACGAAAGCGUUACCGUGGCCCGUGGGCAGAGAUAGGAAAAUACUGACCGGGUAAAGAACCAAUUAGAUUGCAAGAUUCGUUACCGUACCCUCUCAAAAAAAAUAAUAAAUUGGGUUAUCCUAUUACUUCACACGAUUUUGUAUAUGGACUGAAUUCUCUAGGCCAAUCAGAGUUUCCAAUGUAAGUCAAAUUUACAAUAAAGAGUAUCGUCAUCAUCAUCAUCAUCAUCAUCAUCAUUAUCAUUAUACUUUAUCACUACAAUUGUUAUAAUUAUUGGUGUUUUAUCAUUGCUAUUAGAAUGUGCGACUGUCAAUGAUUCUCUCAGUGAUCAUAAAGGCUCCCCGUUUGGUACCUGGGACAAAAUUUACAAGCAUUGUACCCAUAAGAUUUAUGGAGGCUGGUGGUAUAUCAACAAUACUGAAUGUGCUGUUUCGUCAAAUCUCAAUGGUUUUAUCAUUAUUGUAAAAGAGAAAAAAGGAACAUGAGCGGGACCUUGGCCGAGCGAAAGAUUCACUGGAGUAAUUUAUCUGGCACAGCAAGUAAAACCAGUCCAGUAACAUCUGAAAUGAAAAUAAAACCUGUGGAUUUACCUUUUAAGUGUUAAAACACUUUAUUGAACACAUAUAAUCGUUCAAUUGGCGUCUAGUCGAUUUCUUGAUUAAUAAAUACGUUAUUUGAGUCAAACUUGUUAUUGAAGAAUUUACUUUAGAAUUUGUUUCUCUCCCGCGGGUGCGGGUGGGGAUUGUUAGAUAUGUAUUUUAUUACUAAAAUAAAUAAGUUUUUGUUGUUUUUGUUUUGUAAUAUGACUGUGGGAGUUGGGAAAUUGAUGAGACUAUUAAACCAUCUAUUAAAUAACGAUGUGUGGCCUUAAAUAUUUCAUUUAGAGUUCUUUCUUCAAACCAAGCGAUUUCCUCGAUCCCUUACUACGCACAAAGAGUAAGGGCGAACUUUCGAUGAGGCAUAACCUUCAGUUGCUACUAAACAUGUACCAAAAUACUGAAACCAUCGAAGAAGGCUUUCCUGGCUGACUUGAUCAAUUUAAAAGCAUGGAAUGAGCGAAAGACAGCUUUAGAAUUUAGAAUUUCGGGUAGACAAAGCUCUUCUGGGCAAUUGGGUGAUCGUCUGACUAGGAAACGUUUUCAAUAGAUCUCAAGCCCAAUCCCAUGUAAAUUUUUGUAGGACUUUUCUCUCCCGGUGAGACCACAGGCAGACCACACUAUGAGUUCGUGGUUAAUAAUUGCAGAUAUAAGGCGUGCGAAAUCCAUAAAGGUUAUGAAUAAAGCUCUGAAAAUUACAUAUCUAAAUUACACCUCGGUCGGUCUGAAUGUCUCAAUAAAGUUAGAUAAAAUAUUUAUCAACUAGUUUGUGGUAUUUUUUCACCUUCAUGGGCCGUUUGAAAAGUCUUUUUAUUACGAAAUUACUUCCGACAAAGAUAAUUUUGGAAGAAUUUACAGAAAUGACGGAUAAUAUCAUUUCUGUGAUAAUUAAGUUUCAAAUCUUAAACAACUUUUCCCACCCUCUAAAGUUCACCUUCACACAAAGCAAAUACUCUUCUCUUCACGAGAUUUUGCAUAUAGUAAAAACUUUCAUUUAAAAAGAAUAAUAAACAACGUGGCGCCUGACUUUCAUUGAAAAGUACCGUAUUUUAUUUGUUUUAAGCGCCCUGUGCGCUUAUCAAAUUUUUGGACCUUGAGAGCCGGGACGUUUAUCCGAUGUGGGCGCUUACUGCCCUUAUUCGAGGCUAGGCGCCUCUUGAACUUUCACCACUUUCAGCAAGGAGUUAAUUUAUUUUGCAACUAAAUGAUACAUGAUAACAAAAGAUGACGAUGUACCAUAUGGGAGUGAAUUUAUAGUUUGUGAGCCAUUAAAGAAAUUUUAAUACUCCCCUGAUGCAUUUCAGUUUCCGCUUAUUCGAAGCACUGGGCGCUCAUUAACUCUCUCCAGGCGUUUAUUCGAGGUAGCUGCUUACAAAUGGUACCAUUCUUGCAAAAAGCAAAAUCAUGAUUUAGUAAAAAGUCUAAAUAAAAAAGCGUUUAAUAGAAAAUAAAAGAAGGCCAAAGAAAGCAGAAGACUACACAGAUGGUGCGACAUGGACGCAAACCGAAAUCAGCAGCGACUUCAGCCAAUGAGAGAUGCGAUGACACCUGAGAAACCUCCUAUCAAUCAAUCAAUCAAUCAAUCAAUUAAUCAAUCGUUUCCUUGGAGGAAUUAAAAAAAAAAUGGUUAAGCUUUAAUCAUCUCACCCUUCUGAAAUUGUACUUACCAAAAUUUAAUUAAAAAAAAAAUAAAAAAGCGUUUAAAAGAAAAUAAAAGAAGGCCGAAGAAAGCAGAAGACUACACAGAUGGUGCGACAUGGACGCAAACCGAAAUCGGCAGCGACUUCAGCCAAUGAGAGAUGCGAUGACACCUGAGAAACCUCCUUUCAAUUAAUCAAUCAAUCAAUCAAUUAAUCAAUCGUUUCCUUGGAGGAAUUUAAAAAAAAAUGGUUAAGCUUUAAUCAUCUCACCCUUCUGAAAUUGUACUUACCAACAUUUAAUUUUAUUAUCUUUAAUGUAUGAUCCAAGAACUGAUCUACCCUAGGUGAUAAAAAACUGAGGGAAAGAAGAAAGAACCGAGAAAUUUUUUUCUAAAAUGAAAUUUCUACAUUUUUUACAGGAUCGUCGCUACUAAACCUUAUCUAAAUCUGGAACUGAAGGUCUUUCCUCAGAAAUCUGAAAAAAGGCGAAAAUUUAAAUUAAUCUCACCUUCUGAAAAGCCUUUUACUCGUGAGUUUAAAUUUUAACAGGGAGAGUUUUUAUCUUGUCCGAACUCUUGAUCCAACCGCUCUCUGUGUUUAGAUUUAGUUAAAUCAUUUCUUAAGCCGAGUUCCCUACACGUUUUUUUGUCAACCUCUUUGAAAAAUAUUGGUUUGAUGAUUCGUAUAGUUGAAUACAACAUAAGUGCGUUGAAGAUGCGUUGGCGAUCGAUGUACGAAGGCUUAUAGCUCAUAUUUGUGAUUACAUCGGAAGCCAUGCAAAGGUCUUGUCCACCAGAUAAUACCAAAAUGUUCUGAAAAAGUACUACAAGCUAACUUAAAAGUUUGCUAGAACGUUCACCGAUUAUCUGCCAUCAGUGGACAAUCUUCGCUCUUUGCUGAUUUCUGAGACGAUUGUUCCAGCUUUGUGCUUUUUUCAGAUCCUCUUUUUGUUCUGCCAUGAGCUUCUCCAGAACAGCAUACUCCACCUCCAUUGUCUGAUAACUCCAACUUAAGUCCUCCAGCCGCUGGACAAUAUCGACGUACCAGUGGUUCUUUAGAGAGCUGUCACGGCGCGAGUUCAGGGUUGGAAACUCCGAUGGAGGGAGAACCGUUGUUGACAAAUUGAUAUGUUGAAUUUACGCCAUCGGUUGCCAUGGUUUCCUAUGAAGUAAGAAAUUCAUAAUAAGGCGACUUUUGCGAAGAUUCUUAUUUGUCAAUUAAUGGUUUCUGUCAGUCAACUGACCAGCAAGAUAGUCAAUCAGUCAGUAAGGUAGUCAGUUACUCUGUCAGUUAGUCAAUCAGUCAGUCAGUCUACAUGCAUUUCCCAUGCACGCGUCAUAGCAGUGCUUAUUACGCAUAAGGAUUUUACUUCACUGUAACUGCAGCUUGCAUCUGUAAUGAAAGCAUUCGCAAAUAACAUAUUGAAUAUCACUUCGUUAUCCUGCAAAAUUUUGGUAAAAGUUUCGUGUGCAUCAAUAUGAUCCACUCAAAGAGCGAAUUGUCCUGGAUUCUUGAAGCUUUUGUGAAGCGUUUCGUAAUUCAUGGCCAUAACUUUUAACAAGAACUUGCCAAGACGAAAACGUGUAGUUAUGUUGAUUUGUUUCAGCCGACAACACACAUAAUCAAAAGAUAAUUGCCUCUAAUUUAGACAGAAAGCCACAAAAAAGACUGUGCUAAUGAAGGCAAUUAAUGUACCGUUGUUUAACAUCAACAGGUCAAAAAGUUUGGAAACAAAUCAAAACAUAAGUAUCUUUUAAGCGGAGUAAAAAUCUAGGUCAGUUCUUCUUCAUUAGAGAGAGCGUGAACAAGUAGUUGAGUAUCUGUACUCAGUUUACCAAGUCUUAUUUACAGUGUACAUGGGCAGAACGCGUUAGCUGAGGUUCUUAACAUUCUCGAGAUUUUAUAUCGCGCCGUUCUUUUGUGUGAAUUGUUCUGUGAGUGAGUCAACUCUUUGUUUUAAAAGGGCCUCUUUCAAAAUGUUUUCUUUCUUUUCGCAGUUGGCUUCCAUUUGUGAGAGUGUACGUAUGUCGAUCCCUACAGGUCUCAAACGACUCGACCUCCUUGAAGAGCAAAAUUUGGAGCCUUGAUUUAAAUAAGAUAAGAACACAGUUUACAGUGUACUCAGUUUACAGAUUUAAUGAAUGUAACCGAAGAAGUUACAAUUCAUAGACCCAACGUUUCGACACUCCUGUCUAGUGCCUUCAUCAGGGGUGAUCCAAACGCUGCAACAAGAGGUCCUUUUAAAUGAUAACUAAUUAGCCGCCUUUUUUCUGACGAGGUGUAAAUAGGCGUCAGGAAGCAAGCCGCCAUCGUCACGAUUUAAAGGAGCGUGGGCGGAGUUAAUAUACCAGGCCUCCAAACAUAGGCGCUGGUGGUCACAGUAUGAAAUUAUAAAUUUACGAAUCCGUAAAGAUGCCGUAAAGUAAGUGUAAGAUCCUUUAUACGCGUCUUAUAGAACUUCUUUACACUCUCGUAAAGAAUGUCUUUACGCAUUGAAAACGAUAUUACGUAAAGAUCACGGAGAGACUAAAAACAUUAUCUUUACGUGCCCUUGUUUAAAGUCGUAUAAAGAAUAUUUACGAUAUUUUACGGUGACUGUAAAGCGACCAGAAGGCGAUCUUUACGCGUUAUUAAACUAUCGUAAAUGGACAAUAUUUACAUGCCCAUUUGCCAUUUUGUAGUCGUCUGAAUUUUUUGGCAACAUUCCCUUUUACUAAUCAGACUAUAACAAAUGUGAGCUAGUGACAACAUCAGCGAAAUGCGCUAUCUUAGUGCGUAUUGCCACUCUCGGAAAGAAUGUCUUUACGCAUUGAAAAAGAUAGUACGUAAAGAUCACGGAGAGACUAAAAACGUUAUCUUUACGUGCCUUUUUAAAAGUCGUAUAACGAAUAUUUACGAUAUUUUACGGUGACUGUAAAGCGACCAGAAGGCAAUCUUUACGCGUUAUUAAACUAUCGUAAAUGGACAAUAUUUACAUGCCCAUUUGCCAUUUUGCAGUUGUCUGAAUUUUUUGGCAACAUUCCCUUGUGCUUAUCAGACUAUAACAAAUGUGAGCUAGUGACAACAUCAGCGUAAUGCGCUAUCUUAGUGCGUAUUGCCAAAAAUCGUAUGGAGAAUGUUUGUGAUAUUUUACGCUUCUGUAAAACGAUGCCACACAUGCCUUUCAAGGACUGACCCAUAUAUAACAACACGUGUUUUAUACAUUGGAAUUUAUAUUAUUGUCAUAACCCUUUAACUUGAUUUUGUAAUUUUCACAGUAACGUAGUAAGAGGUUUAUAUACACGGGAUAAGAACUGAAAAAUACAAAUAUCAUAAAUAUAAAUAUUUUUACAUAGAUAUACAAAAUGUCUCAUUGGUUUCGCACAGCUUAUAGGCACAUGGACCUUUGAGUUACCUUUCUUUGAUUCCGUUUCCUUGCUGCCCGAGUUGUUCUCGGCGACAAGUUUACACAAAGAUUCCACUUUUUUUGAAAGCUCUUCGAACUUUAACUAAGGCAUUUUCUUCAUCGUGCUGCCUCAAUUGCUCUCUCAAUGAUUGGUUUUCUUUCAAACUAUCAUCCAAUAGCACAGUAUAACUGUCGCUCACGCUGAUGAGGUCGGAAAUUCUUGACAUUUUGAAAGAAAAAGAGUCCACAGAUCACUUCACACGCCAAAAGUAAAGCCAGGAGUAAAGGUCGGAAAUUCUUGACAAUUUGACUUCCGCUCAGGUUGUCGAAACGUCAGUCACCAUUACCGACAACAGUCCUUCUCAGGACUACACUCACCCGGACUACACUAUUACAUGUUAACCUCGGGUUCAAACCAUUUACUGUACUAAAUCACCUGUUAUACUCUCCCGCCGAUCUGCGGCAGCCUCGUUUCUAUGUAUUUUCGUCCCCAGGGACUCUUCAUCAAACGUCCCGAGGACUAAAACCAUUGACAGUCGGAUCUUAAAGUUCGACAAUCUUAUUAUUACAAACAUCAGAGCAUCACGCUUCCAUACGUCAUUGCAAGGUCCAUUUGCUGGAAAAAAAAAAUGAUUGUCUCAUCACGACAACUUCCUGAUCAUGAGUUUGAACGCGCGUUAAAAAAAGGGUAGUUUAAACAUAUUUAUGCUGUUUACACCUUGUCAGAAAAAAAAAGGCAGCUAAUUUGAGAUCAUAUAAAAGGACCUCUUGUUGCAGCGUUUAGUUCACCCCUGGUGAAGGCACCAGACAGGAGUGUCGAAACGUUGGGUCUAUGAAUUGUAACUUCUUGGGUUACAUUCAUUAAAUCUGUAAACCAGAGUAGCAUCAAACCAUGUCUGAUUGUCCAGCUGGUUGCCGUGUGAACCUCAAUAUAUUUUAAGUUCUUGUAGAAAUAGGAACGGUAGAAGGAUAGGAUGAAGGCCUUUUCAAAUUAAGCAAAUUAGGCGCUCGGCCUGGUUUUGAACCAGGGAGGGUUGCCACGGGAAGUUGCUGCACAAAAUUUGAAACGGCCUGCAUGCUUUGGUCGCAGAGUUUGGCACCAAUCAUAUUUAGAAAGAUACACUCUUUCAUUUCAGGAUCGAUUUUCUCAGAAAAUGUCUGAGGGAUGAAGCUCAAAUUUGGCGAAGACAUAGAGCAAUAUCUCAGAGAUCAACAACCGUCACCAGUUAGGAGAGAUUUUUAGGCAUUAAUUCCAGUUUGAAGUAGGGGAGGUCGCGGCUGUCGGCCACUAAGUUGCAAGCCUUGUCUCCCUUCUCUCAACAGCCUUCGGCCAGAAGUAAUUUGGUAAAAGACACUUCAAACGGCCAAUGAAGGCUAAAAGAAAUACCACAAAUAAGUUGAUUAACAGCUUAUUUAACUUUAUAGAGAUAUUCAGACCGAGAUGUAAUUUAAAUUUGCAAUUUUCAGGGCUUUAUUCAUGACCCUCUAGAUUUUGUUCGUCCUAUGUCAACAAUUAUUAACCACGAAAAUAUAUUGUGGUUGGCCCGUGGUAGCUCUAAGAGCAGCGAGGAAAAAGUUUUUAAACAGGGAAAAUACUACGAACCUGCUCUUUUUGAGCGGAAUCAUAAACUUUUUGGAUUUAUUCCACAAGGGCACUAAUUCCCUUAAAAAAUUCUAGAAAUAAAAGGAAAAAAAAUUCAUGUUACUAUCCCGUUUGAUAGCACUAGUUAUGCAAAUUAACGAUAAGUAUCGUAGGUGGCACUUUAUCAAAACUGUAAUUUACAGAAAGCAUUGCCACAGUGCUACAUAGUUCUACAUUGUUACGUUUUUCUGAGCUAUUUCUUUACUCUGACUUCAUCCUUUAUAUCAGUGAAACUAAUAUGCCAUCAUCGACUUUGGAAAAUUAGUGAAAAGCUGUAGAUUGUGGUGAAUGUGGUGAAUGAUCCCAUGUAACUGAAUGAUCCUGAGUAACUAUAAAGUGCUACGUGACGCCAAUUCGGUAAUGAGUUCUUAACCUAAAAUGAGGCUUCAUUAAUCACUUCAGUGAGCCUACGUAUAGCCGUAGCGUCCCCCGCAAGGUGAGACUGCAGAAACCAUGUAAGUUUAUUUAUUUAUCAAUUCAGUUUACUUUCUACGUGAGGUAUGACAAUAACCCAAGUAUUCCAGAAAAAGGAUAAUCAACCGCCUAAGGAGGUAUAAAUGCCAGCUUAAGACGACUGAUGUGCGGUAUAAAACGCAGUAGUGACCCCCUCGUUAGCCCUUAAGACUUUGCGUUCGGUAAUACUUUCCUUCAAAACUGUAUCUGCGUCUAAUAACCGGAGGAAGCCGGUGCAUUGCCUAAUGAGUUCUUUACGACUAGCUCCUAAUUUACUGCUUGUGACUGUUUUUGCGUUGAUCCAAAAUUUAGCUUCAACGAGUGCCGCUGUGGUAGACCGCAAGAAGAGCACCGGUAGCUGCUGGAAAGAAGGUAAGAUUCUCCCAGCAAAAGUUGGUGAUUAUUUCUAUGAGUAUAGGAAACGCUUGAGGAAAACAGAAGCGACAUUGGAGCGGCGUGCUGCGUUUUUUGAGGAAGCUAGAGAAUCAAGGUUGCAAAUUUUAUAUUGCAGAAGUUUGGUUUGAAACGGACAAACCGUGAUUUUCGGUAUUUUAUCAAUCUCGUUUAAUUUCUUGUUAAAAUCCCCUUUGCCAUAUGCAAGAGAAAAGAGAUAAAUCGUAUUUCGUAAUUUCAAUGCAUUGGAGUGAGUUUGUUCUUUAUACUUUGCAGAACUUUAGAGUCAUCCUGUUAAGCUAAGCCGUGGGCAUUUUGAAGCGCCCGUCGAUACCUUGAGGGGGGAGGGGAGGGGAGGAUUGGGAGUGGCGGUGUUCUUCAGUAGCGGUAUUUUGGCAAAGAAAAUCGUAGAUUGGGGGAUCGAGAUGGACUUUCACAUCCUGCAAUGUUCGUUACUUGUGUUGUCCGUAAAGCUCUGGUACUAGAGAACCAAACUUUAUUUCUUCUCUUGCGUGUUUCAAAUUUGCCUUAAAAUCAAGGCAUUUAAAUCAAGGCAUUUUCCGCGUUGAAAAGCCUCAUUGUGUCCGGAAAAUAACGGGAAGGAUGUACGAAUGGAUUACAAAGCCCAUUGAACACGAAACAAUAACUUAUUGUAUCCUUAUUGUAUCCUUCCCGUUAUUUUCCGAGGAAGGCUUUGCUUCAAGGCUUUUCAAAGCGGAAAAUGCCUUGAUUUAAAUGCCUUUUGGCAAAAAGGCAAAUUUGAAACACGCAAGAUCAGCAUUACGACGAGAAACGUUAGAAAUGUCGAUUUUUGCGAUAAGCUGACAGAAUUUGGACAGUGAGAACCAUAGGAUCAUAUCACAUAUUCAAAUGAGAGAGACCAGAGCGUGAAAGUAGCACAAUAUGUGAAAGGGAGGGAGAGGAAGUUUAUCAAAAGGUGACAUUUCGGGAUACAGUACAAUCGUUACUCUCAUUCCGACACUGCCUUAGCCUGAAAUUUCAAAUUGAACUAGGAGCCCAUUAUAAUGGACUCUUUUUGGGAACUCUUAAUGGGAAUUUUUUUUUACUUAACAAACAUUCAAUAUUUAAACAACCUACAUAAGCCAUCUUUACCUCAACAGCUUAUUAUAAGAAUUGCGCCGAGCUGUACAACUGCGGCCAAACGAUCAGCGGUGUUUACACAAUCGACCCUGAUGGUAAAGGUGCCUUCAAUGUGUAUUGUGACCAAACCACAGAAGGAGGAGGGUGGACAGUGUUUCAGAGAAGACUGGAUGGUUGCAUGGAUUUUAACCUGGGUUGGGCAGACUACAAAAAAGGCUUCGGUGAUUUCCUUAUUGGAGAGUUUUGGCUCGGACUAGAGAAGAUCCAUCGCCUGACGCAAAACGAGACAGAAAACAGGCUUCGAGUAGAUAUGGGAGUAACUAAACGCAAAACUGUCUACGCUGAAUAUUUGUGGUUUGGGAUCGGAGACAAGAAAGACAACUAUCGGCUG